AUGACAUCGGCUUGGAGUCAAUUGGAACAGUUGCUCACGUGUUGUGUCUGUUUGGACCGAUUCCGGAAUCCAAAGCUACUCCCGUGUCAGCACACGUUCUGCGGCGAGCCGUGUCUCGAGGGUCUCGUCGACUACGCCAGGAGACAGAUCAAGUGCCCGGAGUGUCGCGCCGAACACCGCAUACCCUAUAACGGUGUGCAGACAUUUCCCAACAAUGUCACUUUGGCCCGAUUCCUGGACCUCCAUCGGGGCAUCACCGGCGAAGAGCCGGAACCGUUGCCCUCACAGAUGGACAGAUGCGGCGUUUGUGGUGAGAAAGCCUUCUGCGAGAAGUGCUCUCAUUGUGAUAAGAAAGUGUGCGAAGAGUGCAAAGAAGCGCAUCUCGAUAUUCUCAGGCGUGAGAUCACUCGCAUCAACGGUCAGAUCCGGAGGGGUCUCAACAAAUUGACAGAACACUCGUCACAGUCGGCCCGAAAUUGCGAUAAAUUACAGUCAAAUUGCAAACAGAUUAGGGAUGAGAUCACAGAAUCUGUUCGCAGAAUCAUUAAAGACUUGAAAGACAAAGAAUCAAAACUAUUACACGAUUUGGAAGAAUACACACAAACGGAGGCAAAGGGCGGCGAAAAGACGAAAGAAGACUUGGAUCAGGAAUUACUGAAUAUAACGAGUAAUUGUGAACUCAUUGAGAAUCACAUCAAUGAGAACGAGGAGUGGACGGACUCAGAGCUCGUCGAGUAUAAGGAGAUAUUAGUGAAGACAUUGGAGUUUCUGAGGAAUUUAGAUCCGGACACGAGUGACUUCGCCCGUAAAGUCAAGUUUCACUACAAAACAGAUUUCGAUGUCUUGAGACGAUCUGUUGCCGACUUCGCAGAAAUCAAGAUAACGACACCCAAUGUAAUGCUCUCUCCGUCUGAAAGUUCUUCAAAUUUGAAUUCACUUUUGGUUCCGAACCAAACGAAUCUAUUGAGGAGUCAAUCCGACCAUCGAUUGGCCCAACAGUUCCAAAGGGGAAAGACUGAGUCGAGUCGAUAUCUGGACAUCUCUGGCAGUCAGAGCAGACUAUCGGCGCUCACACACAGUGACACUGAAAGAGAUAACCGACUCGAGAGGAAUACAUCGCCGACACGACAAAGAUAUAGCCGUUUCGGACGAGAAGUAGAGGACAGAGAGUCCAGAAACAGAUUCGACACGUCGUCGGCUCUAACGAGGGGUUGGCCGCGGCCUUCAGACUCGGACGAGCCAUCCAUCGGUACGACCACUCAUUUUAGGUCACGUUUUAUGAGAGAACGAAACAAUCAAGAGUUGAGUAGUUUUGAAGACUCGCACGACUCGGACUACGGAGGAAGUCAUCGAAGUGUACGCUUCGAAGAGCCCAACACUAAUCAGCCCAGAGUUAAGUUGAGUAGUUUUGAAGACUCGCACGACUCGGACUACGGAGGAAGUCAUCGAAGUGUACGCUUCGAAGAGCCCAACACUAAUCAGCCCAGAGUUAAGGUGUUUGAGACCGAAGAAGUGACAAAAGGGCCGAUGAGUGGAGUCAUUAAACUCAUUGACUCGCCAUUUGUUAUGCUUUCUGACGUAGUUUUGCUUCAGGCUGUCUUCGAAUUUCUUGUCCUCCGCGACUUGCGUGGCGGCGGCCCUCGCGGCAGCAGACAAGUGAGUGAAGACGAGAUCGAGAAGCAGAAGAAAGCCAAUCACGUGGCGGCGGCCGCGGCGGCAGCCAAUCCCAUCCCCGCCCCCACACCUGUGCCACAAUCGCCGAAGACAUCUGUACCUCAAUCGCCGACAACGGUUCCCGAUUCACCGACGACUCGCAUAAUCAACCGAAGACUGACUCAACUUCAAAAGGAAGACUCCCUCUUGGAGACGAUUCCGACACCAACUCAGGCGUCGGUCGGUUUAGUCGUAGACGCGAUGAGAGCGAGAGUCCACGGGUUUCCCGACAGACAUCAACCCAAAGGCAAGUAUCCGAUUCUGUCGACAAUAGUAGCGCUCCUUCUGUUGCGAUCACAACAACGACAACGAAAAAGACUGCAUCAAAACGAAGUCCGACAGAAGCUUAAAGAACAGGAGGCGCUGAACGCACCGCCGCCGGCACCGCAACCGCCCCCUCCAGUGUCAACGCCGACGCCUACUCCACGUCGAGCGCCGUCGAGACAAGUGAGCGAAGACGAGAUCGAGAAGCAGAAGAAAGCCAAUCACGUGGCGGCGGCCGCGGCGGCAGCCAAUCCCAUCCCCGCCCCCACACCUGUGCCACAAUCGCCAAAGACAUCUGUACCUCAAUCGCCGACAACGGUUCCCGAUUCACCGACGACUCGUAUAAUCAACCGAAGACUGACUCAACUUCAAAAGGAAGACUCCGUCACUCGUUAUAGUCCUGAUUCCUCAAGACAUGGAUCUGAUGCCGAAGAAUCAGCUCUAGGAGACGAUUCCGACACCAACUCAGGCGUCGGUCGAAAAUCAGCAUCUGCGCUACUCUCGCUCUCAGGUGCCCAAAGGGCUGUCUGUAGUUGGGUUUCCGUUCAUAGGCUAAGACAGCUUGCGCUCACAAUCACUCCUCCAAUCGACACUCCAUUGAAUGAGUUUACGAACCCUACCGGUGCUAUCACUGGCCCUGACUUGACUUCUCUGCCAAUGAGUGGGAAUAACUUUAUGCCAUUACAAGACUCCAUAGACUCUAAAGACUAUCAAGACUCUCCUGCCUGUCCUCCACCUCCACCUAUGCCUACAAUUAAAUCCAAAUACAAGUUUGUGUCGAAACCCUAUAUUAGUAGUACUACUGCUUCUCAGUUCACAAACAAUAACUCUGUGUCCGAAAGACUAGCGAAUGAAAGACAUGAAAGACUGACAAAUCCGACAAACGAUUUGUUGUUUAAUUCAAGAUUUAGUGCCAAAACCACACCAAACGUCACGCGACUAUCAAGUGAUGUACGUUUUGAUAAACACAAUACCCAUAACUCCGGUCCCAACAGCUAUAGUGGUUAUACCAGUAGAAGAAAUACAGCACUCAAUGAUAAUCUAACGCCAAACUAUCCAAAAGCUACCAACGCUUCAACUAAUCCCAUAUAUCCCGCCAUCUCUGCUAUUAGUAGUCAUUCCUCCACUAAUGGUACUAAUGGUAGAGUGGGUUCACCCGAAAGGCGGGUCAGUCUUGAAGACUUUAGAGGUCAGGAGCGGCCAAAUUAUAACCCGUAUAGACAGGCGCGGCCUAACCCACUCAUUCCCACACAACCAACGCCUUUAACUACACAUUACUCGCACUUAAGAAGUCCGACCUCUGCAGCCAUUUUGUCGACAGUGUCUCCGCCGACGACAUACAGACAAACGCUUUCAUCACUUGGUUUUCCAGAUUCAAGUAAUGAGCGACAAAUCAUUACGAAUUCUAUCGAUUGGGGAAUUAGUCUUUUUGAUUACCUAUGCUUUUCACUGGGAUUUAUUGUUUUCAUUACUGUCCUUAUCUACAGGUCUGUACGUUCGCCGCUGGGGAAGAACCCAUCGAUAGACCGAUCCGAUCGACACCACUCUACCAACACUUCCCCGCACUCAACCGCCGCACAGACAAUAUCUGACACUACAGUAGACACUAAUAGUAGACAAUCGACACAAACCAUCAGCACUUCAGACAAAACAAAAAUCAGAACCCUUUCCACUGACAUCGAAACCGAAUCCAGCGAUAGUAACGCCAGCAAUGACUCGAGUGCUGACUCCGAGUCUGAAUCCGAAGAAGAAGACGACUCCAAUCUCAAGCCAUCCAUCACUUCUCCCGCCGUCGCCGCCAACGCAACAGUCAGUGCCAGUAGUGGUCGACACCCGACCAGUAGUUCGCUUGACAAACAACAAGAGAGGUCUGAAAGAAACAUUCAAAUGCCAGCGUCUGUAAGCACUUUAUUGAAUCGUAGCGCACAGGCCCGCAAGGACAACCUCAACGCCAUCAACAGAUCCGACUCGCCCUCAGCCACCCCUUCCACCCGAUUCUCCCGUCAGAACACUCUCACCGAUGAGCCCAACAGCGGUUCCGAUCGACCCCUCUAUAAGGGAAGGCGAGCCUCAGACGCCACCAAAGAAGACUAUACGCCAACCUAUCAGUCCAGACGUAAUCUGAGUCGAGCGGCCACUCUGGAGGACGAAGAAGACCAACCGGUGACGUCUUCGGCGUACUCACGAUUCCUGUCCCGUAGCAAAACGAGUUCGGCUCUGGCGGCUGCCAAAGAGGACACCACCGCUGCCGCCGCCGGCGAUGACUCCCGAUUCACAUACACGCGAAGACCAGACAAAUUUGGUACGACUUCUAGUAGUUCUUCAUAUCGUAGCCGUUUGGCCAAAAGCAAGAGUUCGCAUACAUUAUAUGGCUUUGAUGAUAGCGAUGAGGAAACUGUUUCGCCCACAUAUAAGAGUAAAUAUGGAGAGUCAGCUCUGCCUACAAGAAGGACAUCUCGAUCUUCGGGAUAUACGUAUAGAACUAGAGAUCCGGGAAGUCCUCCGCCAGAAGAUGAGACAGGCCAAUCAGUGGCCCAAUACUUGAUCAACAAAUACGGCACUAAAACGUCGAUCGCAUCGAAGAGCGAACCGUCCAAUAGAACCAAUUCUAUACUCAAGAGUAAGAGCUCUCAUGUCAUAUACGGGCGAAGUAUCUCGAGUUCGGACGACGAGCCGCCCAUUAGUAUCCGUCGGAGCAGUCGAGACGACUCGUCCGCAUCGCUCAUGUCGUCGAUCAAGACAUCGAGCUUUGGGUUGACUUAUCCGCGACAGAUGUACCUCCAAAAGGGCAAACUUAUGAUGAAACUGGGCUCCCGGGGCACCGAAGCCGGUUGCUUUACGUGGCCUCGAGGUGUGGCCGUUGGCCAGAAUAAUAGCAUAGUUGUGGCCGACUCUUCCAACCAUAGGGUGCAGGUGUUUGACUCGACCGGACGUUUCUCUUUUGAGUUCGGCUCUUACGGGAGCGGAGAGGGAGAGUUUGACUGUUUGGCCGGAGUUUGUGUCAACAAAAUCGGACAAUUCAUUGUUUCCGACAGAUAUAACCACAGAAUACAAGUGUUUGACGCUUCGGGAAGAUUUAUGAGGGCCUUCGGCAGUGAGGGCCGAUCCGACAGCCGAUUCAGUUAUCCCUGGGGUAUAGCUGUGGACGCGUUGGGCUUUAUAUACGUCUGCGACAAAGAGAACCAUAGGAUUCAAGUGUUUCAAUCGGACGGCCUUUUUGUGGGCAAGUUUGGCACAAUCGGCAGUCGGACCGGGAUGUUAGAGCACCCGCACUAUAUCGCCGUCAGUAACACCAAUAGAGUCGUUAUCAGCGACAGUAAUAAUCACAGGAUUCAAAUCUUCGAUGUGAACGGGCGAUCACUUUCCACUUUUGGCAGCGAAGGUUCAAAUGAGGGACAGUUUAAGUUCCCACGGGGUGUAGCGGUAGACGACCAGGGAUUCAUUAUAGUGGGCGACAGCGGCAACAAUCGGGUCCAGAUCUUUAACCCGGACGGCACUUUCCUCAAGGCGUUCGGCACUUGGGGUUCGAGUGAAGGCGAGUUCAAAGGUCUGGAAGGAGUGGCCAUCACAUCGACCGGCAAUAUAUUGGUCUGCGAUCGGGAGAACCAUCGGAUUCAGAUGUUUUGAAGCACUUUUGUUCAACACAUUUAGUUUUCAGAGCUUUUUCAAAAAGUUAUCGUUUAAUUUUGUUUAUCAUUUUGUUUUAUUUCAAUACUUUAUAGAGUUUUUUAGUUUAUUUAUAGUUUUGGUUAUGUCUUUAUAUAUGUGUAAACGACAGGAUUUAGGCCUAUCAUCGAUGGUUAGGCCUAUUAUCCAAUGAAAUAUAAAUUUCACAAUUUUUACAUUUUAUUUAAAGCUUUUUAUUAGAGUCGAUAAGUCAGUGGAAAAGUGGAAAAAUAUUUGUUUUGCCUGAAAUCUAAUUGAUUUACAGAAUCAGUCAUUCAAUAGAUAAUAGUUUUAUUUUUUAAACUAAUUUUAACACCAGUUUUAAAUCGUUUACUAACUAUUAAGUUGUUAUUUGUUUGAAAGAAUUGGAUACCAAAAAAUACUCCAAAU